GCUUCCAGGUGCCGGUGACGUUCGACGACGUUUCGGUGUACUUCAACGAGCAGGAGUGGGCGAGGCUGGAGCACUGGCAGAAGGAUCUGUACCGGGCGGUGAUGAGGGGCAACUACGAGACGCUGCUCUCCCUGGACUACGCCGUGUCCAAGCCCGACAUCCUCUCCCGCAUAGAGCGGGACGAAGAGCUCUGGGGGCUGGACUCAAAGAUCUUUCAAG